UGCACCCUGCUCAAAACACCUGCAGCAGCUGCAUCUCCCCAGUGGUCACUAGACGACAGCCAGCCUCUUCUACAGCGGGGGAACCACACGAUUUGAGCUAGGGGGGUGUAUCUCGAGAGGUUGAGGAAACCAGACUGACCUCUCUUGUAAGCCGGUCCGGAGCCACGCGGACAAGCAAGCCCCCUCCCCCCGGCGGGCAGCCAGCGCUACAGCAGGGGCACACCCCGCCCCUGGUGGACUAAUGGAAGGGGGCAAGAACGGCAGCGCCUUCGAUAGAACCUCGCUUUGCGGCAGGGGGGAAGACCUCCUCGUCAUCGUCCUGAAGCGCAGCAGCCGGGCCCAAAGCACGGAGUGGCUCCGGUUCCCCAGGGUGCUCUCCCCGGACGCCAAGUGCCUGCUGCAGAAAAGGCAGCAGUGCUGCGGAAUCCGCCGCACGGGCGAGGACAUCCUCGAGUUCGUCAUGGCGCGGGCGUCGGACGAGCAGUGGUGCAAGUGGCUGCGCUUGCCGUUGGAGCACGCCGUGGAGGCCGGCAAGGGGUGGUUGGUCGAGCCGCUGCUUGCGGCCGGAGCGGGGCUCGGCGGCGGCGGCGGCGGCGGCGGCGGCGGCCGAAGAGAAGGCGGGGGAAAGGAAGCGGGUACCGCGGCGGCGGCGGCGGGGGCGGCGGUGCCGGGGCCUGGCAAGCCCAGCUGUAGCGGCGGCGGUUGCAGCGGCGGUAGGUCCGCCGCGCCUUCCCCGUCGCAGGAAUCCCCCGUGGUUUCUACACCGGCGUCCUCGUCGCGCGCCCGCACGCCCCACCGCACCCCCGUCAAGCAACAAGCGGGUGUGAAUUUCGCGUGGGCUGGCAGCGCUCCUUCCACGCCGGCGUCGUAUUCUCCCGGGCCGCCUUCUAUGCGGCCGGAUGGAGGCGAGCCGUCAGCUUCGUCCGGCUGCAGCAGGAACUCCGGGAGCCAAGCAUCACCGUCCUCUCCGCGGUGCCGUUCUCCAGGAGCCAGCAGCUCCCCGUCGUCAUCUUCUUCCUUUUUCACCUCCUCGAAUGGGUCCGACCACGCGUCGUCGCCGCAGAUCCCGGCGGCGGCGGCGGCGGCGUCGUCGCGUUCCCCCACGGCCGCCGCCAUCGCCAGCGUAACCAGCGACCCCCUGUGCCUGCACCGCGCGACCAUGGCCCGCGACGCGGGCCUUAUGCGCGAGCUCCUGGCCGCAGGAGUCGACCGGAACGCGGUCGACCUCUGGGACUGCACGGCCUUACACCGCGCGGCCGAGCAGGAGCGGUCCGCGGAGCACGUGCGGCUUCUCCUGGCCGCGGGGCUGAACGUGCGGGCUCGGGACAUGGAGGGUUACUCGCCGCUCCACUUCGCAGCCGCCCGCGGCGCCGAGACCGCGGUGGUGGACCUUCUCGCGGCCGGGUCCUGCCUAUCGGACCGCGGCAACAACGGCGACAGCCCGCUGCACAGCGCCGUCCGGUUCUUGUCCCUCCCGACCGUGCGCAUCCUGCUGGACUCGGACGCGGACGAGGCGGCCAAGAACAAUGACGGUCAAACGCCGAGGGACGUGACCGGCGUGCACCCGGACGGCCGGCCGCUGGAGAAUCAGCCCUGCCCGGUCGUGCCGCGGAAGAUCGUGGCCCUGCUCGAUGCCGCCGUGCUGCGGCGCAAGUGGAAGCGGCGCGGGUGGCUCGUCAUGCUCCGGGCCAGGGCCCAGAGGCAGGCGGCUCUCGAGCUGGUCGAGGCCGCGAGGACCGGCUGCGUGGGGAACGUGAGAAAAGAGGACGAGGGCGCCGCCGCGGGGGGCAGUGAUGCCGAAGCCGGACCGUGUGGGAGCGUGGCUAGUGGCGGAGGCGAACCGGAGAAGGGGUGUGGUGGUGGUGAUGGUGAUGGUGAUGGUGAUGGUGAUGGGUGCGGUUGUGAAGUGGCAGUGCCAGAGCGAAACCAGUCGGAGUUUUAUGAGCUCGUGGGGCAAACGACUCUUCUGACCGAGGAGGGCGUGUUCCAGAAGGUCGUGCAGUUUUUAGGCCUAGAGCCAGCGAGGUGACACCAUUGUUGUAUGGAGUGCGACAACAGGGAUUGGGCUGUGUUCGUCCAGUCAGGUAGUGGGUUGUCAUGGGUUGAAUUCACCUAUUGCACCUACUGAUUCAUGCGGUCAGAUUGUUUUUUAGUCCGGCCGGCCUGAACUACUUUGGCGGCGCGUUUGGUGAGUUUGUCAGGGUUAGACGUUGCGCGGAUGACAAUUGUGUGUUAGUUCCUCUUUUUUUGUCGUUUUAUUGUUUGUGUUUUUGUUCGUGGUACUCGUUGAAAUGAUGGUUGAUUUUGUUACCUGGCUGGUUGGUUCAAUUGACGCAUGACGAAUCGGUGUCUUGUCGGGAUAGAUGCUUGGAUUCGUGAGACCGAACUUGAAGCGUAGACACUAAGAAGAGGAUAGGGUUCAUGAUGGGGU